CAGUAUUGAUCAUAAUAUUACUGCUUUCUAAAUGAAUGGCCAACAAAGAGAUGUUACAUUGAUAUACAAAACCCAGGCAUUCUUGCGUUGUUCAUCAUCCAAAAGAUGGGGAAGUGCUUAAUCUCAUCUUCUGCAACCCCCUUAAAAUUUUGUCAACUACCCUCUUCAAUUCGAACUUUUAAUCACAAAACCCAUCAAUCUUCUGCAUUGUCUGGUUGUUUUCUGGGAAAUUCAAAAUCUGUAAAACAUGGGAUUUUUGGCAAGGAAAUUUCAUUGAAGCCAAUACCAUCAUUUUCUUCAUGUUCAUCAAGAGUAUCACUUAAUACCAGUGCUGUUUUGUCUGGGACCCAAUAUCCUAAAGUGGGUGCUCAAUCAAUUGGUCCAAUUCCUGCUAAUCAACUUCUUGGGGUUGUUGAAAAAGCUGCCAAAACUGGCGCUGAGGUAGUCAUGGAAGCCGUUAACAAGCCACGGAAAAUUUCCUAUAAAGGACUUACUGACCUGGUGACUGAAACAGACAAAAUGAGUGAGGCUGCUAUUUUGGAAGUUGUGAAGGAAAACUUCAAUGAUCACCUAAUUCUUGGUGAAGAGGGAGGAAUUAUUGGAGAUACUUCUUCCGAUUACCUUUGGUGCAUUGAUCCUCUAGAUGGAACUACAAAUUUUGCUCAUGGUUAUCCUAGCUUUGCAGUUUCUGUGGGUGUUUUGUUCCGAGGAAAACCAGCAGCUGCUGCUGUGGUUGAAUUUGUUGGUGGAGCUUUUUGUUGGAAUACUCGCACAUUUACAGCUACUGCUGGUGGGGGAGCAUUUUGCAAUGGGCAACAAAUUCAAGUUAGUGCAACCGAUCUGGUGGAGCGAUCUCUUCUUGUGACUGGAUUUGGCUAUGAACAUGAUGAUGCAUGGACUACAAACAUUAAUUUAUUCAAGGAAUUUACAGAUGUUAGUCGGGGUGUGAGGAGGCUUGGUGCUGCAGCAGUGGACAUGUGCCAUGUAGCUAUAGGAAUUGCUGAUGCAUAUUGGGAGUACCGUUUAAAGCCAUGGGAUAUGGCUGCUGGUGUUUUGAUUGUUGAGGAAGCUGGUGGUGCUGUUACACGCAUGGAUGGGGGGAAAUUUUGCGUUUAUGAUAGAUCUGUUAUUGUUUCCAAUGGCUUGCUACAUUCAAAGCUUUUGGAGAGGAUCGGCCCAGCAACAGAGACUCUAAAGGAGAAAGGCAUUGACUUCUCUUGGUGGUUUAAGCCUGAGAAUUACAGCACAGAUCUUUGAUCAUCUGCAUACUUGUAUUUUGGUUUUCCCCUCUCAUUAAAGCACACAAAAUUUGAUGUAUCUUUUGUUCUGUUGUACUAGGUUAUAGGUUUGCCAAUUCUUGUAUAUCGAUAUUUUAAGCUGAUAUUGUUCUUAAACUAAGAUAUUGGACACAUACUGAUCUGAGUAAUUAAUUUGAGUUUUCCUUUUUGUAAAA